CUCGCUCUUUCUUUUUCUCACUCCUUCGACGACUACUCUCGCCUCCAGUGGCGCUAGGGUAAACAUGGCGGUUCUGUGCGAUCGGGUUACUGCAGUUUGUAGAUUUGUUGACCUUUAGGUUUUGUGGCCCCGGGAACCGCGGAUCGUCGCCGCGCUCGCUAUGAAGGACCAACUUGGGAUUACGCACACCAGCCAUGCGGUCCACCGUAAGUCCUGUACCAAAGGAUGGGGAGGGAAGCGUAGCCGUUUCUAGUCUUAAGGCCACCGGUGGACAGCAUAAUGUCCAAGGGUGGAGAAGGUGACAUCUCUUCCUGGACAAAUCAAGAUCAAGCAGCAGGCAAGAAGGAAACCAAGGAGGACAAGGCAUGGCAUGGGGUGAGGACAGUGGUGUUGCAGCGGUCCAGCCCGAACGAGGACCUGGGCUUUACGCUCAGGCACUUCGUGGUUUACCCUCCCGAUGCCAUCAAGGCUGCCCGGUUAGCAGGAAAACACCCAACAGUUGUAGACCCGAGCUGGGACCAGCACAAGCAAGAGGCCAUGGACACCAUCUUUGUGCGAGAGGUCCAGCCUGGAAGUGCAGCUGACAGGGCAGGCCUUGUAACGGGUGAUCGCAUCGUCUCCAUCAAUGGGCAACCUGUCACGGGGCGCUCCUACGCACAAGUCGUUGAUCUCAUCAAGAGGGGGGGUCUGUCUGUACAGCUUCUGGUUGUGCCCAAAGAAGAUGACAUCCUUCAGCUAUAUUUUGCCAGCGCAGCCUAUCAACCGGUGCGGAGGCCACCGUGGCAGACUUCCCAAGCCCGCCCGAACACCGACGGCUCUUCCCUCCUUCCACCCCAGCGGGGACGGGGCGUUCCAACAUCCGAGCCAUCCUCGCCUGUACACUGCACUCCAGCGACCCACUUCCGGCCUGUCAAUCCAGCUCGCCGUCGCUUCUUCGGCCUCGAUCCGUCUCCACCACCAGCCAUGACUGCGUCGGCCUCCGCUGCAUCUCCACCGCAAGGCACAACACUGGGUGGCGCCACCGUCGAACAUUGUGACCGAAGCGACCAGAGCAACUUGCUUGCCUCACAGCCCAUGUCUCUCAGCUACCCGUCCUACCGAACAGCCGAAGUCGGCGUGCCUCGGCCAACCGUCACGUCCAAGAUGCCUCCGAGUACAAGCGUUCCCAUGCACCUGGGAACUCAGUUCCUCAAGCCCGAAGACCCUUGGUCCACCCAAGGCCAGGCAGACAGCGGUAUUGGGAGUGUGGAAGACGCCGACACUAAGCAGACAGCGACGGUGACGACAACGGCGACGACAACGACGGCAACGACGCAAUCAGACAUGGCUAGCGACGACCACUCCUCCCUGAACCUCGUUGCGCAGCGGUUACACCUAUUUGAAUCGGGAGGCCUACUUGCCCGCUCGCUCGAGAGGAUGAAGCUGUAUCGGAGCGAGCUCGCGCGACUUACCUCAGGCUGUCCCGUGCCAAUCGUGUCGGUGCGUGCGGCCAAGUUUGAGGAGAUGGACGGCUCGGGCUCGGACGGCCGCAGGGGAGACGGUGCGUCGGAGACCUCGUCGCUGUCGGCAGCACCGCCGGUGUCCUUCGAUCGGCUGCUGCCCCUGUCGUCGCCCACAUCGCGCAUCCCUUCAUUUGACCGCUCACCCGACAGCCCCAUUUACGAAGAGAAGGGCUUCUCCUCUUUACCCGACCAAAGCACACUUGCCAGGGACAACGAGGAGAGCUCGCCGAACCUUGACAAUGGCACUGUUUGCCAAACGGAUGAUUUUGUCUCACCAGAGGUUGCCUCGUCUGUUGUGUAUAGGAGAAAAAAUGGUUGUCAAGAGGACAAGGCUCACCCGGCACGACGAACGUCGUACCUUCGAGCGACUGCAAACGAACGCCUUCACCUGGAAUCGGACCAGAGCGAAGAUGAACAACACUCCGUUUCCAGCACGUCAUCCACCCCAAGCGGAUCUCAUCGAAUCCAAAGGCUAAAGGCAUUCUUUGGCGACAAGGCUUCAAACUCAUCAACACCUGGGGGGGAUGUGAAGAAUGGAGACUCAGAGGAACGGCAACAGUCACAACAACAACAGCUGCAGCAGCAGCAACUGCAACAACCCGAGGUGACAGGCGAUGUUCAGGGCUGGCUUGCCUGCAAGACUGUCCUUGUGGAUGGCAAGAGGUCAAGCGAUCGCUCCUGGCGGCCUGUCUGGGUAGUCCUCAAGGGUGACAAGGUGUACAUACUGAAAGACCGAAAGACCAUAGACUUUGCCGAGGGUUCACGCCUGUCGGUGCGCACCACGAUGAGCGACGUGGCCCGCGACUAUACCAAGCGCAAGCAUGUGUUUCGACUCCGCAUGGAGUCGGGCACCGAGUACCUCUUCCAGGCUGACAACCACAGCCGCAUGAUGCAGUGGGUUGACGCCUUCCGGCAGAUUACCGCCGAGGACUCUGAGGUGGAGGAGCUAAUGCGCAGUGACCGGUCAGUGCUGGAGAAGGCGCAGGCCUUUGAGCAGAGCCGGCUGUCGCCCAGCAAUGCUCCACCGGCCAUGGUGCGGCCGGCACCUCGCAAGCUGGCUUUGCGUCACCGCUCACCCACAUCAGGAUCACCCCGGGUGAAGUCCCGACGGGCCUCCCUCGGGGAUGAGCCGUCGUUGAAGGCAGUCCACAUGUGGCGAGGCAAGGUGGUGCACGGCUGGAAGAAGUUCCACGGCUCGCUGGCUACUCUCCCACCCAAGGGACACAGCAUAGGGGUGCCUUUGCACGAGUGCCCACCAUCACACGAGAACCAGUACGUCCCUUGGCUGGUGAGCCAGUGUUGCCGCGUCGUGGAGGCGAAGGGCCUGGAGACCGUGGGUGUGUAUCGCAUCCCGGGCAACAGUGCCGCGGUAGCCGCCCUCUCUGCCACUGUCAACGGCACCGGUGGGCCGCUGGACCUGACCGAUCCACGAUGGGGUGACGUGCACGUGGUCUCCAGCCUGUUGAAGGCCUUCUUCCGGCAGCUGCCCGAUCCCCUGGCUGGCCUCUACCCGCGAUUCAUCGCCGCUGCCCGCGUACCUCAGGGUGCUCAACGUCUCGCUGCCCUUCGAGCACUGGUACACGAGCUUCCUGUGCACAACUUUGAAACCCUCAAGUUCCUCAUGCAGCAUCUCAAGAAAGUGGUGGCUCACAGUGAAACCAACAAGAUGGAGGCUCGCAACCUGGCCAUUGUUUUUGGACCAACGCUGGUGCGCACAGCCGACAACAGCAUGUUGACCAUGAUAACCGACAUGUCCCACCAGUGCCACAUCACCGAAGCGCUCAUCAACUAUGCGGACUACAUCUUCAGUCCAACUGACGAGGCCACAGUCCCAGACCUUCCGCUGGAUGUGACUGCCCUAUCAGACACAGACUCAUCAGUGCUCCUGGGCAACCUGCACAAAGUUGGUGGGCAGGCAGCAGGAGGUUGCAACCCGGACGUGUCCACCCGAGACCUGGUCUCGUCGCUCGUGAGUGCGGCCAACCGCAAGCUGCGCCAGCGCAAGCUUUCCCUCACUGUGGAGACCAGCGGUGGCAGCCCAAGCUCCAGCGGUGGGGGUCCUCUGAAGCCAGGCUCACGGGUCAAGGACAAGAUCUUGGCCUUCGAGGGCAAAGUGGGCGAGGAGACGAGCAGCAAGGCGGCCAGCAACGGAUCGCUGCCUGCAGAGAGCAGCUCUCCGCCACCUCCCCUCUCGGCCGGCUCCAGCAGCUAUCCUCCGUCCCCAACACGGACUCUGCUGGGAUCUCCACCUCAGACACCCUCUGUGUGCUCAGAGGACUUGUGCUCAUCGCUGGCCAGCGGGAGUGCCUCACCGCGUACCUACGGACAGCUGAGUGCGCUAGCGCAGCAGAAGGUGCGCCACCUGGAGGAAGAAACGCGAGCCCAGCUGCGGGCUUCCUCUCGCCGCUGCUGGCCCCCACCCGCGUGCCCUGGCGGCCCCGCCCAGCGCGAGCAGAUCGAGCGCGACUGGCAACGCGCCAAACAGGAGCUCGAGCGCGAGGACCUGCUCGACUUCCUCGCCGACGAACCCACGGCCUACCUGAGGCUGCUCGGAGGCGGGAGCGGCAUGCAGCAGCAUCAGCGAUCGUCGCCCGUGCCUUUCAGUCCCCUCGUCGGUGCCGUGGCAGGCACCUUCUUCCGAUCACCGCAGGUGUCCCAGGCAUCGCAAGCACCACCGUCGGCAAGCUCAGAUCUACUCCCGAAGGACCUACGCACACAUGGCGUCAUCGACGACGUCGAGACGCCUGCCAGCUGCCCGGAGACAUUCCAUCAAUUCACAGCAUCGUCGCAAUCCAUGGAGUCUUCAUCCAGCCAAGCCCCGAGGCAGCCGUCACCUGCAAGCCUCUUUGACUCUCUGCACGAGAAGGAGAACAUCCCGCAGAAGAUGGCCACGUCAUCGUCAGGGGGUGCAUCGUGCGGCUCCACAGUGACCUACCGUUGCAAGAAGCAAUGCCUGAACGGUGCUUCAACGCGCUAUGCCAUCUAUCGCGUGGACGACGAAGCGGCAGGGGUGGGGCGACCGCAGCAGCGGCACUCUGAGAACGGUGUGGUUGCUGCAUUGGUCAGCCGCCUGGUCGAAGGCGAGGUGGCGGCACCUCUCGUCACGAGCGGCACGCGUCGGCGACCCCUGUCCUCCAUGGGACUCCAGCGGCGACACACCAUCGGGAGCUCGCGCGACGUCAAGUUCCACCCGUUUCCGUCUGUGCGUAAGGUGCCCAGUGGCCAGCGGACAGACGACGGGGGCGAGUGGAGGAGGACCGCGAGCUUGCGGGUGGCCUCGCCAGUCUGAGAGGUUUGGGUCGAUGGCUGUGGGUUGGGACAUUGCUUCUGAGGCUGGGAAGAGUGAUGGCGAGAACGCUGGCCUCCCUUCUGCCAGGUGACCGUGCACCUGUAGACCGACAAACGCGUAAAGCAGGUUAAGCUUGUCACUUAGUGCUUCAGGCAGGCUCUUCCGUGUAGUUUGUGCCUCGGAAAUCUAGCAUGCGCACGCUGGCACACGGAAGCGCAGCCUUGCAGAGAAAGCCAUGUUUUGGUCAUGCACCCACGUAAUUGGAUAUGUAUUCAGCAACAGGCUCUAGUUAUAAGCAGAUGUGAACAAUAUUCGAAAUAAUAGUUUGAAAAAUGGGGGAAAAACACUUCUGAGAGGCAUUAUCUAUUUGAUCAGCACAUCCUGUAAACACCUGCAUGGGAAGAACGUGCUCAUAAAAUUGCAACCUGAGGCCUGUAGCUGCUGUCUGUGUUACAUGAUCAUGAAGCCACUAGAUUUAGGCGCACGUUAAAGAACCCCAGGUGGUCAAAAUUUCCGGAGCCCUCCACUAUGGUGUCUCUCAUAAUCAUAUCGUGGUUUUGGGACGUUAAACGCCAGAUAUUAUUCUUAUUAUUAAGAUCUAACGGGGAACGCAAGCUUGCAGUACAAAUUUUGAACAUACUGAAGCACCCUGUUGUGUUCUCAUGCGUAACAAUAAAAGAAACUUUUCUCACACAGCAGCAGUGUGGACAUCAGAAGUGAUAGAGGCAGGAUUACCAAGACAGUGGAAGUUGUCGAAUGUUCUCGUUGUUGAGAUCAGUGCAACAUACACAACUUGUUUGGCGAGUUUAAUAAGCUUAAUUGAACUUGGUUCUUAGUUGUAGGCUCUGGAACUGCCUCACAAUUGGCACGGAGAAAGACGGCAGGCUUGGCUAGCGUGUGUGAGCUACCCGUCGUAGCGCUGGAUUUCUAGGCACAGACCACUCACCAUCACCUCGUACACUGGAGCUUAGCCUGAGCCCCACUGCUUCAGCAGGCACAGAAUGUGAACUUCAAACACUGCUGGAGUGUAGGAGAUUGCCCAAUGAACACCUUGUGUUCAACAUGCUAGAUCAUAUUGCUUGCCUCAUAGCUGCCCAAGCUUGGGCACCUGCAAAACAGUGAGAUCUCCCUUCUUUCUUCCUUUUUGUCGAUUUCUUCUUUUCUCACCCUUCCCACAGCAUUUCCCUUCAUCCUUGUUCAUCGCAAAGUCCCUGUUUUGAAAGAUGUGUUCAUGUUCAAAUCUAAUGUUCCUUGCGUCGGUCAGAAGGAAAUGAAGGCAUUAGCAGAUGCUCGUUUAGACAGAACAACUUGUGUUGGAACGUGGUUGUCAUCUGCUGUGGCAUGAGUGGCUGUUGCAGAACGUGCUUACAAAGCCUUGUGAGCCACACUGACAAUGAUGGGAUGAUGCAUGUUGCAGCCGCUUUUUUUUUUUUUUUUCAUGGUAAUUAAGUAAACUGGCUCAUUGUAGCUGCUUGCAGCUUUGAGUUUCCAUGCAGGAUUAAAAAAAAAGAAAAGAAGCUCACUCACUUCCUUCAUCAUGGAGGAGUAACUAGCUUACAAAAUUCAACUUGUAAAAUAAUGUUAUCAGCCAUAUUAUGCCCAUGAAAGCAUGUAUGUGUCAGCUGUUGCCUUCUAACAAAAAAAAAAGUGCAUCGGAAUUUUUUAGCAGUAACAAAGACUGCUUAUUAUUGUAGUCAUUUGCAAGACCUGUUUCUUGCCAGCUGUAUUUUUUCCUCUGGAGGUUUACUGAAUAGUUUAUUCUUUUCGUGUCAAGAUCUGCUAGUGUGCAUUAGCAUCCUUGAUAUCAUGAUCUCAUUUGUCAGCCCUGGCAUUAGUAGCCAAGGCUGAAGCUGUUAACAAUAGUCUUUCAAGCAGUCUACACAAAUGUUCGCUUCCGUCCUCUGUUCUCUCUCUCUCUCUUCUUUUUUUAGAGUCCAGCUUCAGAAAUUUUAUUUGCGAUUUUUUACUCCUAUACAUAAAUGUAUGUAAGAGCAAAACUUUUGUUGGGAAAUGUUGUUGAUAGGUGGUGGAUACAAAAUAACUGCUGUAAGGUUCCCAAGAACUGCACGACAUUUAUGAUAUGACAGUUACAAAGUACCAAUAGUCGCUUCCUUCCUGUUUGGCCAUGAUGAGAGUUGUUUUUUGUUUUUUUUUAUGUUAAAGUAAAUGGUGUCAUUGUGGCCUAGCAUAGGAGUUCUCCUGGUAUCAGAAAGUGAAAGUGUGGCGAUGCUUCUCCAUAAGUGAAAACAACCAGUAGUUGUACGAGCAAGGUCAUUGACUGAUUGCUGUCGCUAACCAGGGCGCAUAAAUUACUGAAAGCUGUAGUCAUCUGAUCUGAAAAACGAUUGAUGAGGUGUUUCAUAAUAUCAGAGUCAUACUGUGCAGUCGAAUUUGUCUUGCACUUCUUGACUAAGAUGAUGCUUCAUGAGUAUAAAAUUUUCAUACGGUAAUGGCUUAGCUUACGGGGCUCUUUGGGAUAUAGGCCAAUGCAAGGAUCUUGUGUUCAAGCUCUGGUUUGGGCAACCUAUAAUAUAACUUUAUUUGAGCUCUCAGAAAUGGGGUUGCGUGCAGGCAGCAAAACGGGGUGUUUUAGUCGAGUCAGUCUCUGCAUGCAUUUCACCAUUUACACAUCAGUGACUUGAUCUUUCAGUGUUCAAGCUGGCAGGGUUUGUGCUGUCUUUACUGAUAAACCCGCUGUUCUUCACUUUGAUGCCGUGUCAGAUGUCGCGAGAGCUUGCCACGUGCAGUGAAUCUCAAGCGUUGUAUAGCAGUGGGUUAACCACUGGAACAAGAGGCCACAAGUACGUCGUGCUCUGUUUGGCAAGAUAAGACAUGCCCGUUGCACUUCCCGUUUUGCCAAUGCCUGCCACAGCAACGCAAGUGCAACAGCAGACUCACUGUAGUCUCUGUCUGCAAGUGCACCCUGCCUGCUGCCAUCACAGCUGCCACCGCAGCGGCCGUCGUUGUCUUCACCAAUCAACUGCUGCCGUGGUGUGCAUCUCGGAUCCUUUGCACCUCGUUGCAAGGGCUGCUAGUGUACAGUGUGUGGAGACGCAUAUGUGGGCACGCCGUCUCGAAGAUGUAACUGUGGUUGCCGUGUGCGAACAGGCAAUGUGUGCUCGGCGAGCCUGGAGAACUGCCUAUACGGACUGGCCCCCCCUUGACAGUCGCAUUCAUUCUGAAUGUUGGAAGUUCCUUGUGCAUCCUUGUCUUCUCCUAUCUUGCAUGUGUGUUCGUGGGCGAUCUGCGGGGAUUCAGAGUGAUAACUUUCGUCAUUUCUAGGAGCCCUGCGCAACUUUCGCAUUGUCCCAUUCCUGCCGUCUAUACGGAGUGAGAAAGCGGUGGCUGCUUCUAGUGCAAUCGUAGAGAAAACGACGCUUCAUCCAAUAACCUUUUUUUUUUUUUUUUUGCCGUUGCUCUUUUGCAGCGCGACAUUGUCACUGUUUGUGUUGAUAGCGUUGCCCUUCGACAAUGCCUCGUUUGUGGCAGUGGUGGCAAGCCGUCGCCUCUUGCUUUUGCGUCGUCCCAUCUUUGUGUGUGACACAUCUCGAAAGAGAGGAAGAGAGCUUUAGAGAGUAAUAUAUUAUAGCAUGCGAUUCCAAAGAGGGACUCUGUAAUGGGAACGGGGAUGGCGGGAAAUCUGGAGGAAAUACUUACGUUGUCUACACAAGAGCUUAGGCGCACAUACAUUGUACAUACAGAAGCCACGCGAACUUACGUGCUUGUGACUGGAUGAAUGUAGAACACGUCUAUAAGUUUACUGCGUUUUCUGCUCGAUAUGACCAGUGGAGUGAGUUGACUGGAAGGUUUCAGGCCAUUAUUAAAUUAGAAGUCAAACCACAUGUGCGCAGAAUUGACUUCCAUUUAUUAUUAUUAUGUUUAUAACAGCUGCAAGCUGAACGUUUCAGUGAAGGCGUUCCGUUGUUUCACUGCUGUUUUUAGCAGUUUGCCCAGAAGAUUUCUUAUGCUGAUGGCUUGGUGCUAAAAAUACAAUUGAGGAAAAGGAACACUCUGCUCGAACUAAUGCACAACAGUUUUAUGAUGCAUACUAAAGCGGUUCAAGAAAGAAAUAGCCGAAUGGCAGCUUGUUGGGAAGAAUUUUUACUACUCACAUGUUUGGUUUUAGGUAUUUAUGAACAUAAUUUCGGUAUUGUACCUUUACCUCCCGCAUGGAACACAUAGCACACAUUGGAAACUUGGCAUACCUGUGAGCUCAGCAGCUUUUUGCCUGUAGAGUUUUCAUGGAACAUACACUGGUCGUUGGCACUGUUUCCUGCAUUUUGUUGGCAUUUAUUGAUUAUAUACACGCAUUUUUCCUAAAAUUUCUGUUUGAUUAUUUCAGCCCUUGUUGCACGCCACAUUGCCAAAUUGUUCAGCCAGUUUUCUCGCAAAGUAGUACGGCAACGCAAUGUCGGCACAGCCAGUUUUUAUGUUUUGAAGUUGCAAUGAUAAAAACAAACAAGAAACAAUAAGAAAGGAUGCUACAAGACGUUUGGGAAAUGCUCUUUUCUUUCUUUUUUCAUUGCAUGCCAAGAUAGAAAAUUUAUUGCAGGUUUUUCACGUGUAUGACAUCAGUGGUAUUUGGCAAGUUCUCCAUGGAAUUAUACAAAUUGUCGAAAAGGAAGCACAUAUAGGACUAAAAAAAAUUUUAAAAGUAAGUGGCAUCGCACACAUUGCCCCUCAGUAUCUCAAAAGGGUGAAUUCGUCGCAGUGCUAAAUAUAAAAAGUGAGACGUAUGGAUGAGCCAUACUUGUAUCAGCGUUUAGGGAUUAAAUCAACGGAUACGCAUACUGCCGAUAUUCUUUUCAUGAGGUCAAAGGUGCUGACGUGGUUCCUGCGGUGGCCAUCUGAUGUUAUUUUCAAAUACUAGAGUUCACAGUUGGUCCCGCCCUUGUUUGACUGAUGAUGACCUCGUUCUUCCUUUUAAAUGGGAAGAGGCACCAUGAGAAGAUGCAGGAGUCAGCAGUCGGGAAUAGGAACCACUAAACGUCCAUCGGUAGUUGUGUAGAGCCACGCGAAAGCAGUUUUUGCUCAGGGUGACAUUAGCGUAACUAUUUAAAGAAGUACUGACGCACACCUUUGAAAUUGUAGUAACUCUAUCACUCACUUCAAAGCAAUGGCGCUUGACAGUUAGGAAGGUUAGGAAUACUUAUAUAAAAUAUUUUAAUGUGAUGUUCAAGUUAAUCUCGAAACGCCACCUUGGCAUCAUUGACAUUUUUCACCACAUCGCAACAUAGUGCGAAAUUCCCGUAUUUCGUGUAGCUGCAAGGCUAGGCAGGAUGUUGACAUUAAUCAUUACGUCGCAACUUGCGCACGCACACAAAAAACCACAAGCGUGCUGCACGCACGUCUUCUAAAUGUGUGCUUUUGUGGUGGCAGCUGAAAUGAUUGCAAGAAAAGAGCAAGCUGCAUUUUCAUGAUAGAUUCAUGUCCUGAUCUCCGAAACCCGUUCAUAAGAACAAAAUAGACUAGCAGAUUAUCCUGCAUGGUAUGCUGCUUGCCAUUACAUUUUUUUCUUUGAGGUUUCAGACAAUUCGGACCGUCGUGUAACACGUAAAGCGAUAGUUUAGGAACGUGGUGUCAGUACUUCUUUAAGGUGCAAGUUAGCUGCUAUAGUGACUGUGUAACGAGUAAGACGGCGUUCAAAGUAUUUUCUUCUCCCCUGCGUUCUUUACGGGCACUCUGCCAGUGCAUCCUCGGACAAGCAGUAAUGGGAGCUCAGCACCAUACUUUCUGCGCAGAGCAUGUAAAACAUUCCAGUCACCUUGCAGCACAUGCGGCAGUGAGUUUGUCAUGAUGCAGGCAGCUGUGUACAUUUUUUUCUGCCAAGGCACGUUAUGUAUAGGGUGGCACUCUUAGCCUGAUUUCUUCCUUCUGUCCUCGCUCCUCUUUGGACAAGGGACGACGUUACAAUCUUCUUCAAAGUAUGCGGUACGGGGGCUACUCAUUAUCUUGUGAUGGACACUGCUGCUUCAGUUUGUUUAAGUUUUUAGAGUUUAAGAGGGAGGAUUGAAGAAAAAAAAAACAAUGAGUGACACAGUUGUUGAUGCUUAGUGUAUUUAUUCCUCGAAUUUGUCUGUCCUGUGCCGUUACUGCAUUUUAGUGUAGGGCGCGUGCUUGUUACAGAGUGCAUUUCCUUUUGUCUAGUUUCACUUUUCUCCCAAGUCUAGUGACGCUUGUGUGUGAUGUGAGAAAUCUCAUGACGUAGCGAUAAAUGCCAGCCUGCAGUUGUGGCGUACAGUAUGUAGAUACAAUACAUAUAUUUUUUGUGCUGUUCAUUUGACUCUGCUGUGCUUCGGGCACGAAACGGUCGCUGCUUGUUCCAAGUAUCUGACGCUCUUGGUGGCAGCGUCACUGUUCUGCCUGUAAAACUGAACCUAGUGUGAUAACCUCGCUUUCAUCCUGUGCGGCUAGUUUACUUUGCUACGCUUGUGUGGCUGCAUUUGUCGUCGUACUCAUACACUGGAAGCCAGGGGCAUGAUUUGUAUUGCUUUCUUGCGCUACAGCGGCUUGUUGCACAAAAGGCAGCGACUUUUGGUCUUGCAGGCCAGUUCUUUCAACCUCUUCAUUCGGGCGAGUUUAGUUGCACUCUUCACUGAAUGCACUUACAUUGAAGUUUAUUGCAUUUGUUUUUUAAUGAAGUUUCAGCUCAUGUCCUUGCCAUGUUGCUACACAUUUUUGCUCUGUCACCGUUAAUGGGCCUUUGUGCGAGAGUGACAUUCUUGUCUCGAGAGCAACUUGACAUGACUGCACAAUUUGCACUUUUUCAGCGUACAGUACUCUGUGUGUUAUUGGCAAGUCAUGGGCCUUGAAUGGGGCAUGGCUUGCAGCAGCCAAAAAGUCCACGUUGCGUACUUGCACGACAAUGUCCAUUGGACAUUUCCGAGCCAGGCAUUUCCCUGGUACAUAUCUCACAGGAACCCUUCCUUGAUUUUGACUGUAACGCAUCAUAAACUUUUGCAAUACAUACACUGGUAUAAACAUUUAGCUCGAUCAGCAUUGGCUCCAAGGGCAUGUAAAGCAUGUCCACCGCAUUCAUGAAUUUAUUCAUCUGAGGGUAGCGGCUUGUGUUACUGCAACUUAAAAUGUGCAAAGUGCAGAACUUACCAGCAUACUUCAAGUUGCAGCAAUGGCACGCUUUUAUUGCCUGUCUUCCACAAAUCCAAUCUAAAAUCCUGGCUUUCCAUGUUUUGGGUGGUAUUGUAACUCUCUCACAUUUUUUUUUUGUUCAUCAUCAUCACGGGCGUUGUCAUUUCAUUCACAUUAUUGUGUGUGAUGUCGAGUGUGCCUGAAUGCAUGUGCUGUCCAGCUUGGAUUUCAGCUCUUUCAGAAAUGUUUAAGUAUUGUCCCCAACGGUCUAGUACAGGACACUGACAAAUGUAUCUUUAAAUGCCACUGUGGCUGCCCGUUUGCUUUAGUCCUUCACUCAUGGCUUGAAAUUUCCAUGUAAUGAUAGAUUGAGAGGGCGCUGCGGAACUCUUUGCAGUGGAGUGCGUGCAUUGUUUGUUCCAUUGGAUUUGACUGACUGGAUGAGGGAUUGUGCGUGCAAGCGCUUUCCCGGUAAAGGGUCUUUGAAAAUGCUGCGUUGGAAAAAGGGAGUACCAACAACUUCCGAGCUUCACACCCUUGCUCAUUGACAAAGAACUGCAUGGUGUGCAUGAUUGUGUGGCUGCCACAUUUACACAAGUAAAGAUUGUGUUGCUUGCUGGCCACACUACAAAACGAGUGGGCUUUGCUGAACGCUGCCUCCCGCUCCUCUCUACACACGGCACAGCAAGCAUCAGCCUGUCACCAUUGAAAACAGAUUUAACUUAAAAAAUGAGCUCUGCUUUAGAAUCAUGCUGGCUCUUGUGAGCAGCAUAAAUUUCGCAUCAUGUAGAUUUAUGUAUUUUAUGUACAGAUAUGUAAAUUCAUUGAAUUGAAAAAAUAAAUUAUUGACAUUGA